AUGACGACGUCGACUAUAUUCCAUGGCAGAAACGAUGGAUUUCAGAUUGGUACCAUUAACGGCCUGGUCAGGGCGGAAAUCCACCAGGCCGUGAAAACCCGCUUAAAGGAGGCCAAGGACAAAUUACUCCGUAAAGGGUUCGAGUGGGUUCUCCGGGACCCGCAGUAUCAUAGUUGGCGAAAUGGGAGCGAUAUAAGUCUGCUCUGGAUUAAGGGCGGUGCUGGGAAAGGGAAAACAAUGAUGUCGAUCGGUCUUAUCGAAGUGCUCUCCCAAGAACAAGAGAAGUCUGUUGUGGUAACUUAUUUCUUUUGCCAAAAUGCCGACAGUGAGCUGAAUACCUUGGAAUCGGUCAUUAAAGGCUUGAUUAGUAGGUUGGUCAGCCAGCAAGGUGAACUAAAAGAGUCUUUACGACGUCGAUGGGACCCUGAGAAUGACCGUUUCAGUGAGGACAUUAACUCAUGGCGAGUUUUAUGGGACAUUUUUUGGGAGAUGUUAGAGCAGUGUGAAUGCUCAAGGGUAUAUAUCAUCGUGGAUGCCCUUGAUGAGUGUCAAGACAGUGGCAUGGCCGACUUCUUGAAACUUGUCGUCCGAAACGGCCUUGAUCAACCCACUAAAAUCAAGUGGCUCCUGACAAGCCGACCAUUAGAUGCUGCAGAGCGCACAUUACUAGCUGGGCAUCAGCAGAUGCAAGUUAGUCUAGAGCUUAACCCAGAUCAUAUCUCUCAGUCUGUACAGACCUACAUCUCGUACAAAGUUGAUGAGCUCAACCUUCAAAACAGAUACGGAGAGGCACUUGGGAGAAAAUUGAAAACCGAGCUUUCUGCGAAAGCCGAGGGCACCUUUCUAUGGGUGAGCCUGGCAUGUAAAAGGCUUGAGAAUAUCUGUGCGGAUCAAGUUUUGACCGCUCUUCAAGACUUGCCGCCUGGACUACAUCCUUUUUACGACCGGAUAUUGACUGAGUUAUGUGAAGGCCAGCUAAAUGAUGUCCAUGAUUAUAUGCGGCUCCUAAAAGCAAUGAUGCUGGUUUACCGGCCUCUAAAAAUCGAAGAAAUUCUUAGCGUGACCGGUCUAUCUCGCGGAGAUGAUAGAAUCAAGUUGUUAGUUAAUCACUGUGCAUCAUUCAUCAGAAUACAGGGAAACAACAUCGAAUUCGUCCAUCAAUCCGCUCGAGAUUACCUAGCAGGGGAGAGUGGAUUGGCUAUACUUGACUCACAUAGUCACUAUGAACAUUAUGAUAUUGUUCUUAGCUGUCUAUCUCACUUAUGUGAACAUCUUCAAGUCAAUCUUAUAGACCUACCACGACCUGAUUCGACUCCCAAGUUUACAAAAUCACUAAAGAGUGAGAGUAAAAGCGUUCUGCUAUCUUCCCUCGACUAUUCGACAACAUUUUGGGUACAACAUCUCCAGAAAGUCCCACUAGAGGUCAUAGCACAAAGCAGGCUUAUUGAGGAAGGGCUAAUUAGGUUAUUCCUGCACACUAAACUUCUAGAAUGGCUAGAAUGUUUUAGCUUACUAGGCAGGUUACCUAAGGCCCUUGAAUCAAUCAGUGCCCUGCUAGAUAUUACUAACGGUCUAUCAAAGAGGGACUCGUCAGCAUUCGCCCUUAUGCAAGACGCUACACGUUUUCUGCUACGACAUUUCCAUAAUAUAGCUCAUUGGCCGUUACAGAUCUAUAGCUCUGCUCUUAUCUUUAGUCCUGAAACAAGUAUUACGAGGAUAGGAAACCUGGACAAAAUUCCAAAAUAUUUGAAAUGGUUUCCCAGGAUGGAGAGCACUUGGGAUUCUCUUAUACAGACACUCAAAGGCCACUCAGACAAGGUCAAUACUGUGGCGUUUUCUCCAGAUGGCAAGCAGAUCGCAUCAGGCUCUAGGGAUAGCACCAUCAAGCUUUGGGAUAGCACAACAGGAGACCUUCAGAAGACACUCGAAGGCCACUCAAAUGUGGUCAAUACUGUGGCGUUUUCUCCAGAUGGCAAGCAGAUCGCAUCAGGCUCUGAUGAUAGCACCAUCAAGCUUUGGGAUAGCACAACAGGAGACCUUCAGAAAACACUCGAAGGCCACUCAGACUGGGUCAAUACUGUGGUGUUUUCUCCAGAUGGCAAGCAGAUCGCAUCAGGCUCUAGGGAUAGCACCAUCAAGCUUUGGGAUAGCACAACAGGAGACCUUCAGAAGACACUCGAAGGCCACUCAGACGGGGUCCAGACUAUGGCGUUUUCUCCAGAUGGCAAGCAGAUCGCAUCAGGAUCUGAGGAUAGCACCAUCAAGCUUUGGGAUAGCACAACAGGGGACCUUCAGAAGACACUCGAAGGCCACUCAGAUGGGGUCCGGACUGUGGCGUUUUCUCCAGAUGGCAAGCAGAUCGCAUCAGGCUCUAGGAAUAGCACCAUCAAGCUUUGGGAUAGCACAACAGGAGACCUUCAGAAGACACUCGAAGGCCACUCAAGCUGGGUCAAUACUGUGGCGUUUUCUCCAGAUGGCAUGCAGAUCGCAUCAGGCUCUUAUGAUAGCACCAUCAAGCUUUGGGAUAGCACAACAGGGGACCUUCAGAAGACACUCGAAGGCCACUCACACGGGGUCCUGACUGUGGCGUUUUCUCUAGAUGGCAAGCAGAUCGCAUCAGGCUCUAGGGAUAGCACCAUCAAGCUUUGGGAUAGCACAUUAGGAGACCUUCAGAAGACACUCGAAGGCCACUCAGACGGGGUCCGGACUAUGGCGUUUUCUCCAGAUGGCAAGCAGAUCGCAUCAGGCUCUGAUGAUAGCACCAUCAAGCUUUGGGAUAGCACAACAGGAGACCUUCAGAAGACACUCGAAGGCCACUCAGAUGGGGUCCGGACUGUGGCGUUUUCUCCAGAUGGCAAGCAGAUCGCAUCAGGCUCUGAUGAUAGCACCAUCAAGCUUUGGGAUAGCACAACAGGAGACCUUCAGAAGACACUCGAAGGCCACUCAUACGAGAUCAAUACUGUGGCGUUUUCUCCAGAUGGCAAGCAGAUCGCAUCAGGCUCUAGGGAUAGCACCAUCAAGCUUUGGGAUAACACAACAGGAGACCUUCAGAAGACACUCGAAGGCCACUCAGAUGGGGUCCGGACUGUGGCGUUUUCUCCAGAUGGCAAGCAGAUCGCAUCAGGCUCUAGGGAUAGCACCAUCAAGCUUUGGGAUAGCACAUUAGGAGACCUUCAGAAGACACUCGAAGGCCACUCAGACUGGGUCAAUACUGUGGCGUUUUCUCCAGAUGGCAAGCAGAUCGCAUCAGGCUCUAGGGAUAACACCAUCAAGCUUUGGGAUAUUGCAAAGUCUCACAAAACCUCAAAGUUUCUUGGCCGUCGCUUAGGUAGCCUUCUCAAACUCCGAUCACAAAGAGAAAUCGAAACAUCGGAACCAGUGCAUAACCUCAAAUUCUCUGCAGAUAACCUAUACCUUAUAACAGGUACUGAACAAAUUAGGCUUAAAGAUACUGCGACAGAAGAGUACGAUAGGAGUCCACAUUCUUUACAGACUUUCACUAUGAAGGACCAGUGGAUAUUUUAUGGAGUGAUGCCAUUUCUUCGGCUAUCAUCAGAUAUGCAGCUAGCAUGCCACGAUACGCAAGAUGAUCAAGUAGCUAUUGGAUUGAAAAAUGGUCAAGUAUUGAGGUUUAGAUUCAACCGAAGUACUCUGCAUUCUAUGCUAGCGCCGGGUGCGGUUUAA